AUGGGGUACGCGACAUCCACCGAAGCGCGGCACGACAUGGUGUGGGUCGGUGCCGAAGCCCAUGCUCGACAUAGCUUCUCGCUGAACUCUGUCAACAUCCAGCGUCUGCGGCUGAGGGCUAUGUCGAUGCUCGGCACCCUCAGCCUCGUCAGCAGCGCCCGUCACUCCGGCUCGUGCAGGCACGCAACGCUAUUGGUGGAGGAGAUGAUGAAGGGCGACAAUGACCACGUCGCGGACAUGGGUCCCCUCGGUGACGACGCUGCGCAGCAACCCCUAAAGCUCCGCACACCGACGCUAACGCCGACCAACGAGCCCGAGGAGGCUCUAGAGGGCAUACCGCAGUCGUCGGAGCCUAUGGUUGUCUCGUCCACCGAAGAUGAGACACCCAGGGAGCAGGAGCGGAAGGACAGGAAGGACGCGGAUGCAUGUGAGGACUGUCUGGCACUGGCGGCGUUGGACCUCUCGAACAAUUGGCUUGUCGGUGCGAUCCCGUCCAGCCUCACCUCGUGCCAGAGGUUGGUCAAGCUGAACCUUAGGCACAAUCAGGUCACCGGCGAGAUUCCCAAGGCACUCGCCAUGAUGCCCGCGAUGGCCAUCCUUGAUUUGUCGAGCAACUCCUUGACCGGCGGCAUCCCAGAGAAUUUCGGGAGCUCGCCGGCGCUGGAGACGCUCAACCUCUCGUACAAUAGCCUCAUGGGUCUAGUACCUAGGAACGACAUCUUGUGUUCCAUCAACCCCAACGAGCUGGCGGGCAAUGUCGGGCUGUGCGGCGGCGUGCUCCCGCCGUGCUUCGGGAGCCGCGACACGGGCGUGGUGGCACGCGCUGCCCGUGGUAGCGCGCGCCUCAGGCACGUCGCGCUGGUCUAG